AUGGAGAGGCAGACGAGGGAGGAGGAGAUGUUGCAGUCACAGUCACAGAAUUGCUCCAGUAGGUGUAGGACGGUGAAGCCGAAGUUGGAAGAAGAGAAAUCAACAACAAUGGAGAAAACAGAAGAUGAUGUCGCACUCACACUCACACGUAAUAAUGCGAAUGAUAAGGUCCGGGCAAUUUUUGUUGUAGAAAAUGCUUCUCUGACAAAGGGCUUCGUUCGAAAGAGGUGGAAGAUUCUGGAUUCAGAAGAAGACGCUGAUUUCCUGCUCAAGCAAAAGAAGGAUCUAAAUGAUUUUAGGCCUGGACGGGUUUACGAGGCUCUUCGUGCGAUUUUGGAUAGCAAACUUAAUAAAGCCGGUAUGGUAGGAGCUGUGUAUGUGAAAACUGAUCAAGGAGUUUUAUUUGAAAUUAAACCCCAUGUUCGUAUACCAAGAACGUGCAAGCGCUUUUGUGGAGUCAUCUUGGAGUUACUAGGGCAUAAAUGCAUUCGUGACAAAGAUACAAAUGAAAUUCUUAUGCGUGUCAUUGAGGAACCUGUAACGCGACAUUUACCUGUCAACUCUCGCGUCGUAGGUCUCUCUUAUAGUUCAGAAAAGUUGGUUGACAUUGAUGGAUAUGUCAAUUCUGGCAGUGAUGAAUUAAAUCUUGUUUUUGUGGUGGGUGCAAUGGUCCAUGGGAAAAUCAGUAAGGAGUAUACAGAUGAUUUCAUAUCAGUUUCGAAUUAUCCAUUGAGUGCGCAAUACUGCAUAGGGUUGAUUUGCGAGUCAUUGGAGCAUAAAUGGAAAAUCUUCUGA